AUGACCCAGAACUGCCCCGCCAGUCAUCCCUGUUUGCUUGACAAAUACCGUCAAGUUGCACCGUAUCUUCUCCCCGACGGCGAAUCCGCCAUCCUUGCACCGUACAUCUGCCACAGCGACCUCAACCCCGCAAACAUCUUCGUGGCCGACGGCGAGAUUACCAGCGUGAUCGACUGGCAGGGCAUAUGGGGCACACCGCCCGUGCUCAGCGGACGGCAUCCGAGCUUUAUCCGCUUUGAGGGGGAACCGAUCCUCACCCUCCCCGCGGAUUUCGCCGAGCUUGACAGCAAAGAGCACUGGGAAGAUGUGGGCUUUAGGUUUCCUUGCCCCCUACAUUUCACAGAGAACGAGCUUCAGGUCCACGAUGAGGAAACGAUAGCCUGGAACAAUAUACAGGGAUUCUGGGACGCAAUCUCUCUUUUUGUGGCAAGGAAUGGCUUCGUUUGUUCCGAUAUGUAUGAGGAGGUUGUUCACAUGUUCAGAUACGUGCGGAACUGGGGCUUGGAACGGGUCACGGGCAAGGUGAAGGAAAGGUUUGAGCAUGCGACUCUGAUGGCUGCGGAUGUCUAG